UUCCACUUAACAGUAUUAAGAUGUUAAAUUAGACGUGAAAUUGGUCGUUGUUAGGCAGCAGUAUCGGGACUGAAGAUGGCGGCCGCCAUUUGCAAUUGUCAUAACUGAAAAUGUUAGAUUGUAAACUUGACAUGUGGUUCUCAGAUGAAACCUGUUCGUACAUUAUAGUGUCGGGCGAUGUUGUACAGAUGUAAGAUAACCCGUAUUCCGUGAAAGGCAGCUGUUUGGCCCAUUUUAUUGGUUAAAUGUUGUCUUGCAGUACAGCCCGUAACCCUACAUACACUUGGACUUCGAGGUGUCAAAGGGCCGAGGUCGAGUGGCAUACUGUAGCUGUCAGAAGUCAUGAAUUGUGAUUUUUUGAACGUAGCCGUCGGCGUACAUUUAACUGAGGCUAGCUUUCGUUUUUCUUUUUCAGCUCGGGAGGACAUAAUUCGCUAUUAUGGCACUCCUGCGGCUGUGAGUUUGUGGCCGUCUCAGGAUGAGGAGUCCGACUGUCGUUCCCUGGCUGUGUCCCCUUCCCGUUGUCCCGACCCCCUGAGCGUUUUCACUCCGUUCUGGGCCCGCCCUGUCUACGGUGAGACGCUCCCCGCCCCCGUCACCAUCAACCACGCCGCUUACUAUCCUGCCCCAAGUGACGACGAUGACAGUGACUACUGGGUGUACGAGGACGAGGACGACCACAGCUUUUUGGAUGACAGAGAGAUUCAUCCCCUUAGAAAGGCGCUGACGAGAGCGGCUGCCUUCUUUAGGAAGAUCUUCUCUUAGACUCCUUAUCCUUUUAAUGUCUGAAUGUGUGCAAGUGAGUGAAUGAAUGAGCAGGUGUGUAUGUAUGUAUGUAUGUAUGUAUGUAUGUAUGUAUGUAUGUAUGUAUGUAUGUAUGUAUGUAUGUAUG